AUCUUGAGAUGCAGUUGACAACAACAACCAAAUUUUAAAGAAUCUCAAUUAUACUAUUUAUUUACUCCAAAAAUAUUAAUUCAGAUCACACUGGGUGACCAUAUAAUAAACACCCAACAACUAAACAAUCAUGCAACUCCAAAAAAAAAAAAAAUAAUAAUUAAAAAUGGCAACAGGGAAUGCAUAUCUAGGUUCAAUGAAGCAAAGUUUUAAUGAAUCAAGCAAAGAAAAAUUGUUACUGCCAAGGAAAGGCUACUCUGACUUGGGGGUAGGUGGUGGUGGUUGUUUUAAUGGAAGUGACAACUUUCUGGAAAGGUUUCGUUAUGGAGUUUAUGAGUACUGGAACAGUGUUAAAGAAGCUGCAAUUAAAGCAGUUCAAAUGGGUCGUAAUGAUCCAAGGAAGAUUAUUUUUUCUGCUAAAGUGGGGUUUGCUCUUGCUCUUGUUUCCAUUCUGAUUUUUUUUAAGGAACCGAUACCGUAUAUUGGGAAACACUCCAUUUGGGCCAUUCUUACUGUUGUCGUCGUCUUUGAAUUCAGUAUAGGUGCGACGCUUAACAAAGGAUUUAAUAGGGCUUUGGGGACAUUUUCUGCUGGAGGAUUAGCUUUGGGGAUUGCUGAACUUUCUCUUAUGGCUGGACGAUAUCAAGAGAUUGUGAUUGUGAUCAGUGUAUUUAUUGCAGGAUUUUGCGCGACUUAUAUGAAACUGUAUCCUCCACUGAAGGACUAUGAAUAUGGAUUCCGGGUCUUCUUAUUGACAUAUUGUAUAGUGCUGGUAUCCGGGACUUCGGAUUUUGUUCAGACAGCUGUUUCUCGCUUGUUGCUAAUUGGGGUUGGAGCUGGUGUUUGUUUGGUUAUAAAUGUCUGUCUCUACCCCAUUUGGGCUGGUGAAGAUUUGCACAAGUUGGUUGUGAAAAACUUUAAGGGUGUCGCUACUUCUUUGGAAGGUUGUGUCAAUGAUUAUGUGCAAUGUCUUGAAUACGAUAGGAUACCAUCAAAAAUUCUUCUUUACCAGGUAUCUGAUGAUCCUAUCUACAGUGGUUACAGAGCUGCUUUACAGUCCACCAGCCAAGAAGAUUCCCUGUUAGCUUUUGCUGUGUGGGAACCCCCUCAUGGACGUUACAGAAUGCUCCAUUAUCCUUGGGCUGAAUAUGUUAAAGUCAGCGGUGCACUACGGCACUGUGCUUCCAUGAUCAUGGCAAUGCAUGGAUGUAUUCUUUCGGAAAUACAGGCAGCAUCUGAAUUGAGGCGAACUUUUAUGAAGGAGAUUCAGAGAGUUGGGACUGAAGGAGCUAAAGUGAUACGGCUGCUUGGGGAGAAAGUAGAAAAGAUGGAGAAGCUAAGCCCCGGAGAUCCUCUCAAUGAAGUUCAUGAGGCUGCUGAGGAUCUCCAAUUGUUGAUUGACCAAAAAUCUUAUCUUUUGGUUAAUGCAGAGAAUUGGGAAAGUUCAAAAAGACCUAAGAAGUUUGAAGAUCCUGAACGCCUUCAAGAACUGAAGGACAGUGAACCUAAACCCAUGGUAAUUAACUCCCUUAGUGAAGCAACUCUCCAUCUAAGGUCUGCUCACACAUUGAAACGCGUGGAUACUCUUAAUCGAAAUGUAAGUGUCAACUUUUCUGCUUCACAAUGGGGUUCCUCAGCAGAUGUGUUUGCGCAGCAGACAAUGUGGCCUUCACGGCUUUCACUUGUUGGAGAUGUGAUCUUAAACGAGCGUGAAGUACGUACUUUUGAAAGUGCCAGUACAUUGUCACUGGCAACAUUUACUUCCCUGUUGAUUGAGUUUGUCGCAAGACUUCAGAAUCUUGUAACUGCAUUUCAAGAGCUCAGUGAAAAGGCAAAAUUUAAGGAGUCUGUAGAUGCAGCUGAAUCAAAAUAGGCAGCUACUCUUUGAGAUAAGUUAUGUAACCGUUCCUGCUUUUAGGAUUCAGGGCACCUUCUUUCUGCUGUUGCCAGUCACAAAGAUGUUAUCGAUCGGAAACUUACAUGUUAGAUUUUGGCUUGGAAAGAAAACUAUUCUUUUGAAGAUGUCUUGAGAUGAUUAUGUUAUGUGUACUAUACCAAGAAUCGUAGAAAAAUCGAGAAAAGGUUUCUGUUCUGCAGCAUGUUUUCAGAGCCUGUAUGAGCUGUGAAUCCAAGAGAUAAAAGAUCAUCUUUGACCCAAGAUGUGUGUUAGUUCAUGAAGAAGAGGACAUGUAUUUUUAUGUACAUUAAUAUUUGUACUUGUUUCUGAUGAAUCUAUAAAGCAUUCAAGAUUUUUAAAGAUCAUUAGCUGGAUAAUAUGGUCUUAUUAUGCA